CUGUCCCGUGAUUGGGAUCCGUUCCAGUAAUGGGUUCUUCCCUGGCCCUGCUACACCCCCCACCAAGUUUCAUGAAAAUCGCUCCCUGCAGUUUUGAUGUAAUCCUGCACUGAGGACAUGACCUCCUUGGCAGGUUACCCAUGACAAAUAUUUUUCACAGGUGAGCUGACAAUCCAGCUUCCUGGAAAACCCCUGAGACCUAAACCUAUCCUAAACAAAACAAUCCCAAAAGGAAUGUUUCAUUUUUGUUGUAAACAAACCUGGAUGUUGUGUUAUCUGACUACUGUUUGUAGUUUUAGUAGUUAACUACACAAAAAUGGCAAAAAAGUAAUUUAACUACUUGAAUCACUACACGAAAAGUGAAUGUAGAUGAACUACCACCAAGCUACUGCAAAAUGUAGUUGAACUACUAGUUUAAUUACUUGUAGUUCACUACUCCCAAACACUGGUCUAGUGUAUACCUGAAAUGAUGGUGACAACUGAUUAAUGAUUAAUGUGAUAACUGUUAAGCUUUAAUAGGCCUAUGACAAUGUUGAACUUCCUCUGGUGGUAUAGAGCCUGACCCGAUCUGUCAAAGUCCAGUAAUUAAAGGAGAUGGUAAGAUAAAGUAAGGUUAGGUUAAGUCACGUGCUAUAUGGUAUCAUCAGUGCUGAUCAACGCCAUACAUUCUACAACUAAACAUUUGUCUUUACAGUGACAUUUCUGCUCUGGUCAUUUUGCAGGUGAAUAAAUGUCACAGGUGAAUUGGGCAAAUCUUCAGUACCAUCUACUGGUCAUGCCCAAACACGAUCCCUCUGAACCCUUUCAUACAAUGUUUUUAUGAGACUCUGUCCUCACGAUAUUAAAGUGACAGUUUAGUCUUUUUAAAAGACAUCGUGCCAUAAAAAAAACUCCUUCAUGACCUUUACGAUUUAGAUUAGCGACAAGAUACUUCUGGAUAUUUGUCACAUAUCAUAACGUAUAAGCAUCAUCUUCUCUAUUUAAAAGGGGGGUGGGGGGGUUGAGGGGCAGAGAAAGGUCUAAGCCUCCAGCUGAGUUAUAAAUACACCUCCCUACUUGCACACACCUUUUCUCUCCCUUAGGACAGGGCAAAGUGCUGCAGUGCUCUUAUCAGAUCCAAGAUGAAAGGUAGAGAUUGAACUGCUGCUGCAGGAGCCCAUGGCCGUCCUGGGUGUUCUCAUAUCUGUUAUCUAACCUUCCUAUGGAUAAACAAACGCAGUGUGAAGGAUUUCAGACAGAAACUACAGAGUCAGUUGGUUCAGUCUUCAAAUAGGCGUUUGUUAUUGACUCCAAAGUUGUUAUUUGUGUGUUGUUUGUUGCCAAAGGGAUGUUUUGGUAAUCACUUCAUGGUAAUGAAACUCAGUAAAAAAAACAGUAAUUUCACAGGUAAUAUAGCUCUUUAAAUUAACAUUUUCUUCCUCUUUUUCAGUUCCUUAUGAUGCAAAGCACAAUUAAAUGCCAGAUGUAGCCCUGGGCCAGUCAAGAUUUGUGUUCAGGACAGUGAGAGAACACCUCCUGUCUCUUAAGGAUUUCCACAGAGAUCUAUAUAAAAAAAAAAAACAAAGAAAACAAACACACACAAAAAACACACCAGUCUCUGCUGCAGCAGCUUAAAUGCAGACCGCAAAUUCAAAGCUUCUCUGCAGCUGAACACAAUAUAUGUGUUGUCAAGUUAAAAAGCAUCCUUUCAUGGCAAUUUUAGAAUAUAUAGCAUAUGGGAACAUACAAUAGCGGUGUUCAUCAUAGGAGGCAGCAGAUAAAUAGUGAAUGUGGCACUCCAGACAGAGUGUGCAAAAGCCUUCAUAUUGUGAUCUGGCACUUCACUUGCCAGCUAAAAUUCAAUAGAAAUAUCAGAAAUCCCCUGUAGUAAUAUACUGUCUGUGACUGUCUUAUCACAAUGGACCACUGAGAGUUGAUCUUGAAGGUGAUGCUGAGCCGAAUGGAGUCUGCUGGCUACUUUUUUUUUUUUGCCGAUCAGUCUUACUCAGCAUUCACACAACGUUCUUGUCCAAAGCUUCCUUCAGAAAUUUCAGAAGUCAGUUUCAGUUAGUUGAUUCAAAUAUUAAAUAACAUACCAUCUGUCUCCCAAGGUUAGAGCCAUUUAUACAUCACCUUUACCCUUCUGUCUUUUGGUCAGAUCCAAAAACACAGUUUUAAAAUAGAGCCAAAUUCCUCUGCAGUUUCAGGCUGUCACCAUUCGAUUUGUAUGGUCUUCAAAUUACAUUUCUAUCAGACACCAGUCAAAAGUAAUUCAUGUCAGAGAGGAAUCCAGAAACUAUUCAAGCCACAUCAUACCUUUUUAUCCAAUAUGUAAUCAGCCGUGUGGGCUCUCAGAGGGUGACAUCUUCUUUAAGGGACACAGACACGUCUGAGUGAACAAAUAUGAAAGAAAUCUCUUUGGAUUCAUUUGUCAGCUGGUCUGUAUACACCCUGCAAAGGUUAUUUGAAGUGAAAAAAAAAAUUGAAUAUUUAAGGACAUGUAAAUAGCACAACUAAUUGAAUGUCAACAUAGAUUAAGCUGUGAGGAUAAAACAGCACACAAAUGGCAAAAUAAUUCUACAAAUAAAGGUGGAAAACAAGGAAGCAACAAGCUGUCAUCAUGAAAGAACAUUUCUAUUAUCUGAGUGACCUCUUAAAAAUCCCCUGUGGCCCACUAGACAUGUAGUUCCUAGGCAACAGGCCAUAGUACUCUAGUACUCUAUUAGCAAUUACUAACCUUUAGGCUAACGUUCGCAGGGAAAUAUCUUUUAAUGAAAGAUAUAGGGCAAGCUACACAGCAUUCCACAGUGUAAAACACCCCAGUAUAUAAUUCACGAUUCUGUCAAUAUUAGGGCAGUGGCUUUAAGAAUCACUUGGCUGUACUUGAUUUCUCCUCUAUAAGCACUGGUAUCUAUCUCUGAAAGCAAUAAUGGCUUCUCUGUGUAUUUUAUCUACUGAAAACAUAAUUAACAAGAGCUGGAAUUCAUCCAAACUGAUUCUCCACAGGCCAUUACACACAGAGAAUUAUUACACAGAUGACUUCAUGUACAUUAAGACUGGGACUGUAUUGGUUAUUAUGCAACACUUGAUGAUGGAUGAAAAAUGGGCAUGAAAAUGAAAAGUAUCUGCAUGAAAAUCAGUAAAUCAGCUUUGUGUUUUUAUGGCACGGCCGCGGCCUUCACAUAUCAGCCUGUGACCAAACACCGUGAGAUAAUAGGCUGAUGGUUCCGUUCAGAGGGCAAGUGUGCAGAUAUCGAUAAAGCACCAAGCAAGAGCGUAUCACCCCUCAUUAGUGAAGUGUGUGGAUGUGGUGGACGGAUGUCUGGGAAGUUUCUCUUCGUUUUGGCCGCGGUUGUGGCGGUGGUGGCCCAUGUGGCGGCCCAAACCCCGGUGGAGGACAACGCAAGGCAGUUCCUCAAGUGGUUUGAUGACAAUGCCACGGUGCUUGUGUAUGACUCCAGUCUGGCAUCCUGGGCUUACAACACCAACAUUACCGCUGAGAACGCUGACAAAGUGUCUGAAAAGGGUGCGAUAUGGAGUGAAUACUACACCAAAGCUUCCGUGGAGUCUAGCAUGUACCCCAUUGAUCAAAUAAAGGACCCUCUGAUGAAGCUUCAGCUAAUAGCACUCCAGGACAAGGGAUCUGGUGCCUUGUCACAGGACAAGCUUGACCAUCUUAAUGAUGUCAUGAAUGAAAUGAGCACCAUCUACAGCACGGGCACAGUGUGCAUGAAGGACGAUCCAUUUAACUGCCAAACCCUGGAGCCAGGUCUUGAGAGCAUCAUGGCAGGCAGUAAGGACUAUUAUGAACGUCUGCAUGUGUGGGAAGGCUGGAGGGCGCAGGUGGGGAAAAAGAUGCGGCCCCUCUAUGAGGACUAUGUCGAUCUGAAGAAUGAAGCUGCCAAGCUUAAUGGUUAUGCAGAUUAUGGCGCCUACUGGAGAUCAAACUAUGAGGCGAUAGAUGAAGGGGAGUACCAUUACACUCGCGAUGACCUUAUGAAGGAUGUCCGUGUGAUAUAUCAAGAGAUAAUGCCCUUGUAUAAGGAGCUCCACGCUUAUGUGAGGGCGAAGCUCCAGGAGACUUACCCAGGGCACAUUCAUCCCGAGGGGGGACUGCCCGCUCAUCUUCUGGGCGAUAUGUGGGGCAGAUUUUGGACAAAUUUGUAUCCAUUGUCUGUGCCUUACCCAAACAAGCCUGAUAUUGAUGUCACUAAAGCUAUGGUGGAACAGGAGUGGACAAUCACACAGAUGUUUGAAGAGGCUGAGAAGUUCUUCAUGUCUGUGGGCUUGUUUAAACUCAAUGACAAUUUCUGGAACAACUCCAUGAUCGAAAAACCUGAAGACGGUAGAAAGGUAGUGUGCCAUGCAACAGCCUGGGACAUGGGCAACCGAGAGGACUAUCGAAUCAAAAUGUGCACCGAAGUGAACAUGGAUAACUUCCUGACGGUCCACCACGAGCUGGGUCACAUCCAGUACAACAUGGCCUACAGUGCCCUGCCAUACCUGCUGAGGGACGGGGCAAACGAGGGCUUUCACGAGGGCGUGGGCGAGAUCAUGUCCCUCUCUGCAGCCACACCCAAGCAUCUGAAGGCCCUUGGGCUGCUCGAAGCCAACUUUACGGAUGAUACACAGACCGAGAUCAACUUCCUGAUGAAGCAGGCCCUGACCAUCGUGGCCACACUGCCCUUCACCUACAUGCUGGAGGAGUGGAGGUGGCAGGUGUUCCAGGGCACCAUCCCCAAGGAUGAGUGGAUGCAGCGCUGGUGGGAGAUGAAGAGAGACCUGGUGGGUGUGGUGGAGCCGCUGCCCAGAGACGAGACGUACUGCGACCCGCCAGCGCUGUACCAUGUUUCUAGCGACUUCUCUUUCAUCAGGUACUUCACAAGAACCAUUUACCAGUUCCAGUUCCAGGCAGCGUUGUGUGAAGCAGCUGGACACACUGGACCUCUGUUCAAGUGUGAUAUCACCAACUCCACAGUAGCAGGCGCCAAGCUAAAGGCCAUGCUAGAAUUGGGGAAGUCACAGUCGUGGACCAGAGCUCUGGAGCAGGUGGCUGGGGUGACCAGGAUGGAUUCCAAACCUCUUAUGGAUUACUUCAGUGUGCUCUAUGAUUGGCUAAAGGAGGAGAAUCAGAAGAACAACAGGAAGCCUGGGUGGAAGAGCUCCCAUGACCCAUUUUCAGCUGAUGCCUUUAAAGUGCGACUGAGCCUGAAAACUGCGAUGGGAGAUGAGGCUUAUCCCUGGAACAGCAAUGAAUUGUACCUGUUUAAGGCUGCAGUGGCUUAUGCUAUGCGACAGUACUUUCUCACAGAGAAAGGACAAGAGGUAGACUUCAAGUCAGAGAAUAUCUACACUUACAAAGAAACACCCAGGAUCUCGUUCUAUUUUGCUGUCACUGAUCCAGCCAACCCUGUCAAAACCAUUCCGAAAGCAGAAGUGGAGGCAGCCAUUCGAUUAUCUAGAGGACGCAUCAACAGCGCUUUCCUCCUUGAUGAUAACACCUUGGAGUUUGAGGGUCUCCUGGCAACAUUAACCCCGCCUACAGAACCUCCAGUGGAGGUGUGGCUGAUCGUGUUCGGAGUGGUCAUGGGUUUUGUGGUGUGCAUGGGGGUCUUCCUGAUUGUCUCAGGAUUCCGAAACAGGAGAAGGAAAUCACAGAAAGAGGAGGAAGAAUCCUGUGACCAUGAAAGUCAGCUUGAAGGAGAGACGAAUAAAAACUUUGAAGACGAUGAUGCACAGACAGUAUUCUAAAGACACAAGUGGAUUGAACAGCUCAUGAAUCCUAUACUAUUUUUAACACAAUAACACAUUUAAAUGAAACUGAAUCUGUAAGAUUUUUUAUAUGUAAAACAUAUUGCUUUAAUUAUUUGUAUAUUGUAAUAUUAAACACUGAAUGGUAUUCAUGUUGAAUCA